CCGCUCCUCCUUUCAAUGCACAAAAUUGAGACAGUUAGCUGAUUUGCAUCGUCAUUACCUACGGGGCCCUCCUAAGCGUUGGAAGCUACUGCAUACCUAUUUCCAUGCCAUUCGUACUUGCAGGCAAUGAAGCUUUGGCUGUGAUGACCCCGUCUUGAUGGACAGACUUACCGAUUAAAAAUGAAAACAGUUGUUGAGGGACACGUAUGAUCAAUACAUGAGACAGCUUUCCCUGCCUAACUACCUCUGAAGCUACUUUUAGAGGCAUAAUACUGUCUCAACGGCUCAUCCUUCAUCUUCCUUCGUGCUACUAUUUGAAACUAGACAUAUACAGCAUAAUACAUAGCAAAUCACCAUGUCCACCUCAGUCAUUGAUCAUACCUGGACCUGGCUCGACGGAACAUCGGCAUCCAGCCAUAAGAAAUCAAUUCAGCUUGACUGGCCAUUGUCCAACACAGGGACAAAUGAAACCAUCUCCGGUGUCAGCAGUACUGGCAAUAUCACGGUUUGCAAGAGUCUUCCGGGCAAGGCAUUCAUAGGGCCAGAUAAGCACAAACGGGCGUAUCUCGUCAAACAUCGAAAAUAUAACCCAAUUUUACCACGCAUGCUUCUUCACCAGGGACCAGACGAUUCCUCGCCGGUUUGGGCGAAAUACGAGGCUCUGGCCCUGCGCAAGGCAUGGGUCGAGAUACCAUGUCAAUGUACCGGGGCGACCAUACACGGACGAGUAGAGGUUCUCCGCAAGCGCGAUGGAAGAAGGAACAAGUACGUCUUUACAAUGGUCCUCGAAGGCCGCGAAGAGACCUUUGGAUGGCGGCGCAGCAAGAACAAGAUGAUCAAGGACCUUGGAUUGUCUCACAAUGGAUAUAAGCUGGUCCGGCUGACGGAGCGUGCACACGCUUCUUCUUCAUCUCCCAAUUUGCCGAGGGCGAGCGACCGCAUGGAGGUCGUCGCCUUAGCUGGUAGAUCGCACCAUGUAUUCCCACGCUGCAUGGCUGCUAAAUUCCUUACUUCGUUUGGACCAGAGUGGGAAGUGGUCUCCUUCAUGACUCUGCUUGCUUUCUGGCUCUGGGAUCGCAAGCGUAUGAUGAAAGGCUAGCUCAGAGAGACAUUGAUUUGGAUUACCUAACUUGCCAAGAUGGAAUCCGUUUAUUCUCGUGUUACCUAGAUAUCCUCCAUGCCUCCUAGGAUUAACAAUAAAAUUAGUCACGAUGCAUGAAAGGCCCAAUCAAGUCGACUGUCAGCGCUCAAGACACUUCGUGCAAUCCACCCUACCAAAGACUCCCGGCCGACGGACAGUGCGAUAGGAAUCAUUAUGACAACAGGCACAGCUGUGAUGAAACUCUUUAGAGCCAUCGAGAGUGGUCGAGGCAUCAUGGGAUCAUUCUGGCAACAAUAUACA